CUCAGUGGGUAUGAUGUUCAUAAAUAGAAACCUCCUGCUUUAUUUGAAGUGAAUCAUCUGCUUUAGAUUUCAGAGAGCAUACCAACUCGAAAAAAUGUCUGUGCUGAAGAGUUUAGUGUUCGUGGGCUUUGUGCUGCUUGCUAUCAUCUCUGUGAGCCAUGCUGCCUGCUGGCUUAAUAAGAACAAAGCAGGUGCGACUCUUUGUCAGGAUUCUGUGGAUAAAACCUGGCACAAGGUCGGAUCCACCUGGAAAAAUAGCAGGUGUAAUCAGUGCUCAUGCAAUAGAGAUUACACCAGUUGCUGUGACGGCUGGCCAACAAGUGUGACUGCUGGAUGCCGCAUUAAUUAUAAUUAUCAGACCUGUGAAUAUGAGAUCAUUAAUGAUCAGCCAGGAACUCCAUGCGGUGCUGCUGGAAAGUGAUUGAAGAUCAUAAAAGCUGAUUGAUCAUAGUCAUUGUGGGACCUGAAACACACCCAAAAAAAAAGAGGUGUUCCUGAUCUUUCAGCUGAAAUCACAAUAAAAAAGCAUAACUGAA